CCGGUGGGGGGCAGACGGAUGGGGCAGACGGAGCGAGCUGGAAGCCAUGUUUGUUGUUCCUCCUUCUGCCACUUCGGAGUUCGGUACGUUCAGGGUCUGAACGUUCAAGAACUCCGUCUGCAUGUCUUUAUUAUCAACAAUAUCACCACUAAAUAUUCUCUACCACCCUCCGAAUGCAGAUUAACAGGUAUGCCAAAGGAAAAAUAUGAUUCCCCGGAUCCUCGCCGAUUAUACACCAUCAUGUCAGCUGAGGAGGCAGCCAACGGGAAGAAGUCGCACUGGGCCGAGCUGGAGAUAUCAGGUCGGGUCAGAAGUCUGAGCAGUUCUCUGUGGACUCUCACCCACCUGACGGCUCUACACAUCAACGACAACAACCUGAGUCGCAUCCCGCCCGACAUCGCCAAGCUGCCACACCUGGCCUACCUUAACCUGUCGUCCAAUAAGCUCCGCAGCUUGCCCGCCCAACUCGGAAACAUGGUGUCUCUCAGGGAGUUGCUUUUAAACAACAAUCUUUUGCGAGUUCUACCUUAUGAACUCGGGCGGCUGUUCCAGUUACAAACCCUGGGGCUAAAAGGUAACCCUUUGUCCCAAGACAUCCUCAACCUGUACCAGGAAUCAGAUGGAACCAGAAACCUGUUGAACUACAUGCUUGACAAUCUAGCAGUGCACCCAGAACAGCUCCCCCAGAGACCUUGGAUCACCUUGAAGGAGCGGGACCCAAUGAUCCCUACAGCCAUGUUCACAGUGAUGUGUUACAACGUGCUGUGCGAUAAGUACGCCACUCGUCAGCUGUACGGCUACUGUCCCUCCUGGGCCCUCAACUGGGAGUACAGGAAGAGGGGCAUCAUGGAGGAGAUCACACACUGUGACGCUGACAUCAUCAGUCUGCAGGAGGUGGAGACGGAGCAGUACCACGCCCUCUUCCUGGAGACUCUAAAGGACCAUGGGUACGAGGGGUACUUCUGCCCAAAGUCUCGUGCCAAACUGGUCUCAGAACAGGAGAGGAAGCACGUGGACGGAUGUGCUGUGUUCUUCAAGACUGAGAAAUUUACUCUGGUGCAGAAACACACGGUGGAGUUCAACCAGGUUGCCAUGGCAAACUCUGAGGGUUCAGAGGUCAUGUUGAACAGGGUCAUGACCAAGGACAACAUCGGGGUCGCUGUCCUACUGGAGGUCAACAAGGACAUGUUCUCUGGUGGCAUGAAGCCUCUGCAGGAGACACAGUUCCUUCUGGUGGCUAACGCCCACAUGCACUGGGACCCAGAGUUCUGUGACGUCAAGCUGAUUCAGACCAUGAUGUUCCUGUCUGAGCUGAAGAGCAUCACCGAGAGGGCGCUGAGCUCCGUGGCAACAGGCUCCCCGACCUCCGACCCCUCCUCCAUCCCUAUCGUCCUCUGUGCUGACCUCAACUCCCUGCCAGACUCUGGUGUUGUGGAGUACUUAACUAACGGUGGUGUAGCAGAGAACCAUAAGGACUUCAGAGAGCUGCGCUACAACGAGGCUCUCAGCAACUUCAGCUGCCAGGGGAAGAACGGCCAAUCAGACGGCAGCAUCACUCACAGCUUCCAGCUGAAGAGCGCCUACCAGGGCAGCCUCAUGUCUUACACCAACUAUACCUAUGACUUUAAGGGCGUGAUCGACUACAUCUUCUUCUCCAAGACUCACAUGUCUGUAGCCGGUUUGCUCGGUCCCCUGGAGUCUCGGUGGUUAACGGACAACAACAUCACCGGCUGUCCCCACCCCCACAUCCCCUCUGACCACUUCUCUCUGCUCACCCAGCUGGAGCUCCACCCGCCCGUCACCUCCUCCCUCAACGGCCUGCACCUGCCCGUCCACAGGUAGUGAGGCACCAACCUCUCACCUAUGAUCCUUGACCUUUGAACCCCUAAUGCCCUGCCCCCAUCUCUGCCGAACAAACAAACCCAGACAGGCCAUCCCCCCCCGACGGAGUAUUCACCCCUUCUGCUCCUCUUUUAACCUCCAUUUUGCUUGGAUUUCUGUUUUUGUUUGUUGUCUUUCUUUGUCUACAUGAACGGCUUGAUACCAAAUUAGGGUUGGGUUUUGUGUUGUUUUCUGGUCACAUUACAUACCGCUGCUCUUCUCCUUGGACGCAAAAGUGCGUAUGAAAUGGCACCCUAUUCCCUAUAUAGUGCACUACUUUUGACCAGGGCCCUAUGUGGGACUUGGUCUAAAGUAGUGCACGAUAUGGGGAAUAGGGUUCCGUUUGGGAGGGAGCCCCAAGUUCAGGUCAUCCUGAUCUGGUGUCAGUGUUUUUUUUGCCUUAAACCUGGUUUGGAUGGUGGUGACUUUUUGUCACAUAACAUUCUACAGUAACAAUGACAACCGACAUCUGAAUUCUCACCGUUCGAUUUUGAGGUACCCAGUCCUCAAGACAACUACUUAACAUAUUUUACAAAUAUGACAUCCAAAGUUCUACUGAAUUGUAUUUUAUGAUCAUGUUAAGUGCUAUAAUUUCAACAUAAAUGUUACCCCAAACA